AUGGCUCCCAAGCGUGUCGCCGCCUCCAACUCCACCCGUCCUCAGAAGAGCUUCCUGAGCACCAUCUACGACGAGGCCACCAACCCAGAGAACGCCACUAUUGUCCGCAGCCUCCUGGUCUUCGGCGCCGGUGUCGCUUUCCUCCACAGCAGCCUCGGCGAGCUCCUCCUCCCUCCGUGA